UCAAUUGCCGCCGAAGAGGGACGUUUCUAGUACUAUAAAUUAUAUUUCAAAACUCUUUACGUGAAAUACGUAUCGAUGUUAUUGAACAUUUUAAUGCGAUAUUAGGAAGCUGUGAAGUGUUAAACCUGUGAAAAAGUGUUUAAUUGUGUUUAACUAAACUGUGAUUGUAAUCGUUUUGUCGAGAUUUUCGUAAAAAAAUCACGAUCAAAACAUCUAACGGACUUGCCUGUCGGAUUUACGACAUUUCUAUUGGUUAAUAGAUAGUCGCUAUGCAGUAUUGACACGGCGUGAUGAUGAGGCUCGAGGCGUCAGAGAAACAGCACCGCUACCACAACCUGUUGGACGACGAUCAUGCGAAUGAAAUGCUAGAAAGCGAGGGCGCAGGCCUGGCGGCACGAGUGGCUGAACUCGAAGUGAGAUGUUCAAGACAAGCAGAGGAGCUCCUCUGUCUGAGGUCGACCCUAGCAGAUGCGCUCCGGAGACUCAACGCGCUUGAAGGUCGAGCUCCAACUACAUCUAAUGUCCAAAGAAAUGGAGGAGGAACGUACACAGAGCGCACAACAGGGACACCGACCCGCGAGCUGAGAAUAAGGCAGCCAUCCUACAGAGAGAGCGUCAAACGAACUUCCAGCUACGGUUCCAGUGCUUCAUCUCUUUCACAAAGACGCGGUCCACAACACCAAUCGACGGGCUCGCUCCAGUCAGACUCGCCAGCGUCGUCUUCCUCCCUCUCCCCGGCACCCUCGCCCUCCCCCCGUGCGACGCCAGCGCCCCUCACUCCACACCCAGUGCAACCGUACAGAUCGCGCAAUAAUUCAACCUCCGGCAACCAGAGUCCGUCACCAGCUACCAACAAUCUCACGAAACGGUGGAAUUCAACGGGAGAUUUCAACGCACAGGGCCUUUUGCCCAGUACGAGGUUUACGACAACCAAAUCGUUGCUUAAUUUAUAUUCUAAGCCGUCUCAAAAUGGGCCUAUAUUGAAACAUGGCACACACACCUGUCAGUACAAUGAAGAAGAUGGCACCGUGAGAAUGUUCAUCAGGGGUCGGCCGGUGAUUCUGUACGCACCCAGCGACCACGACAACUUGGACCUGUCGAAGGUGGCGCCACCCCCACACAACAAGCUCAAGUUGGAAUGGGUGUAUGGAUAUAGAGGAAAAGACUGCCGCAACAACCUUUAUCUACUACCGACGGGAGAAAUAGUUUACUUCGUGGCAGCGGUAGUGGUACUGUUCAACGUGGACGAGCAAUGUCAGAGGCACUACACCGGCCAUACGGACGACGUCAAAUGCCUCGCUGUACACCCCAACAAGCUAAUUAUCGCCACAGGACAGUGCGCUGGCCAUGAUCGACUCGACGCUAGGCCGCACGUGCGCGUGUGGAACUCGGUGUCGCUGGCCACGCUGGCCGUGGUGGGCGCGGGCUCGCUGGAGCGCGCGGCGGCCGGCGUGGCCUUCUCGCGCGCGGACGGCGGCGCGCUGCUGGCCUGCGUGGACGACGGGCCCGACCACGUCAUCUCCGUGUGGGAGUGGCAGCGCGGCGACAAGGGCCACUGCCUGGCCGAGACCAAGUGCUCAGUGGAUACAGUGGUGGCAGUGGAGUUCCAUCCACUCGAUCGAAACCAAAUCGUCACCUGCGGAAAAGGUCACAUUGCCUUCUGGACGCUCGACGCUUCCAACGUUCUUUACAAGAGAAUGGGAAUCUUCGAGACUCGAGACAAGCCGAAAUACGUCACUUGCCUUGCAUUCAAUCAUAAUGGUGACGUGAUCUCCGGCGACUCCAACGGCAACCUGAUCGUGUGGGGGCGCGGCACCAACACGGUGCACAAGCUGGUGCGCGGCGUGCACGAGGGCGCCGUGUUCUCGCUGUGCAGCCUCAAGGACGGCGGCCUCGUGUCGGGGGGGGGCAAGGACGGCCGCCUCGUGCUGUUCGACGCCGACCUCAGCGCCACGGGGACGGAGAACGUGAUCGAGGGCCACUACGGCGGCGUGCGCGUGGUGACGGAGGGUCGCGGUCGGCAGCUGUUCGUGGGCACCACCCGCAACUGCAUCCUGCACGGAGACUUGCAGCUCGGCUUCGUGCCCGCCGUGCUGGGCCACGUGGACGAGGUGUGGGGGCUGGCGGCGCACCCGUCGCUGCCGCAGUUCGCGUCGGCGGGCUGGGACCGCCUGCUGCAGCUGUGGGACGCGCUCAGCCACUCCACCGUCUGGAGCAAGGACAUCGAGGAGCGCGCGCAGUGCUGCGCGUGGUCGCGCGACGGCGGCGCGCUGGCGGUGGGCUGCGUGUCAGGGCGCUGGCUGGUGUACCACCCGCAGACCCGGGAGCUGCUGGCUCAGCACCAGGACGGCACGGAACCGAUUCAAACCAUCGAGUACUCGCCCAACAACCAGCUGGUGGCGAUCGGCUCGCGAGACAACUUCAUCUACGUGUACCAGGUGGACGACGACGGAGCGCGGUACUCCAGGCUCGGGAAGUGCCUGGGCCACUCGAGUUUCAUCACCCACUUGGAUUGGUCAGAAGACAGUCAAUACAUCAGGAGUAAUUCGGGAGAUUAUGAAGUGCUAUUUUGGAACGCGACGACGUGCCGCCAGAUCCCGUCGGGCGCGGCGCUGCGCGACGUCCCGUGGGCCUCGGCGCACUGCCCGCUCGCCUUCCCCUGCGUGGGCGUGUGGCCCGAGGGCGCCGACGGCACCGACAUCAACUCCUGCACCAGAACCCAGGACGGACGCCUGGCGGCCACGGGGGACGACUUUGGCAAAGUGAAAUUAUACGCCUAUCCGGUUACGCAGCCUAAGUCGCUGUGCGCGGCGUACGGCGGGCACUCGUCGCACGUGACGUGCGUGCGCUUCCUGCCCGACGACACGCGCCUGCUGUCGGCCGGCGGACACGACGCCGCGCUGCUGCAGUGGCUCGUCGACUAGUCGCCGCCGCCGCCGCCGCCCUGCUUCGCUGCCUGCUGCCUAAGAGCUUACGGUGUCUCCGCGUAUGAAAUGCAUCUGUUUCGUUAUCGUAUUUAGUGCAUACGUAGGAUGCGAUAGAUUUAAUUUCUUAUAUUAUUUUAAAUAUAUCAUGGCGUAGUGAGUUUGUACGAGACGAUAUGUACAAAGUAAAUUUUAGUUCGGUACAAAUAUUUUUUAUUUCUUUGGUCAGUAUAACUUUAAUUUUUAGAUAUUAUUUAAAAAAAAAAGAAAACAAACAUCGUGAGGGCUGAGUGUGCGUAAUCGAAUCUUAUACUUUUUGAAAGUAAUAUCGUUAAAAUAUGAUAUUUUAAAAUAAUAAGAAAGAAAUAAUUUGGUGCUUAUCCAUAUAAAUAACGUGUCUAAAAAUAUUUGUCGUUUUGUUCGAUAUAAAUAUAAUAUUUUUAUAUAUUUAAUAGCAAGAUUAAUAGUAGCGUUUGGGUUGGAUCGUGCGGUUGUGAUAGAAAGGUCUGAAUGUGUUUAAUAUAUUAAUACGCAAUCCGUCGAAUUAUCCGCUUAAACAUAUUUUUUAAGCAUUAUUUAUAAAACACAAGUAAUAUUUUUAGUAUUUUUUACACAUGUAACACUGUGAAUAAAAGCUUUUUACGCAUAUUUUAUUAUCUCUAAGUAUAAUGUCUGUGGCACUUUUUAAUCUGUAUUAUUUAAUUAUGUCGCGUUUAUUAAUAUAAUGUAAUAGAUUUUUUUAUUUUAAGUUCACGAAACUUGAUUUAUGGAAAAAAAAACCAAACGUAAUAGGUAAAAAAAAAAUGUAUCGCCUAUAUUCAAUAUAAUUCUAUAUUAAUCGUCUUAUAGACUAUUCUCAUAAAUCAAGUAAAUAAUUUUUAAGUUGAUAAGAUGGCAACAUUCCUUAAUUUAAGUUUAACUAGUAACCUAGUCACGGAGUUCUUUUUCAUUAUGGUUUUCAUCGUAGUUAAGCACUAAUAAUAAUGUAGAUGAUUAUUGUAUAUAAUAUACGGCGGCUCCGUCCGCCUCUUGAAUGUGCCUCUAAUAAAAACAAUGUUUACUGAA